AGUCAUAACCGUUUUUUAUUUGAAAAUAUUUCGAACCAUGCAUAAUAAAAUUGUGUUUUAAAAUACAGAUUGCAAAGAUAAUGACAAAAUGUGUAUGAUAUGGGCAUUUCAAGGGGAAUGUACGAAGAAUCAAGGUUAUAUGGUUUUCAAUUGCCAAAAAAGUUGUCAAGUUUGUAGUGGGUCCUUUACAGAUUGUAUGGACAAGAACAAGAGCUGUUCAAAAUGGUCAGCAAACGGUGAAUGUAGCAAAAACCCAAAGUACAUGUUAUUCAAUUGUCAGAAAAGCUGCAACGUAUGUGACAGCAAAACAGGCAUUACCAAGGGAAAAACUGUUAUCAAUGAUGACACAACAGAACAGAAAAAAGGAGAAAUGACAACUACUGAAACAACAAAUGGAGCAAGAGGUGAAGUCACCAUUGCAAACAACGAAGACAAACUAAACUUAACUGAUUUAACAGCAUCAAUAGAAUUAGAAAAGGAAACAGAACAGGAUGAAUUUCAAAAUAACGACACGACCACUAAUGGUUUGACAGAUUGCACAGACACAAAGGUAAAAUGUCCAAAGUGGGCUUUACAAGAUGAAUGCAGGCAGAACCCAGAAUAUAUGCUGUACAACUGUAAAAAGAGUUGUAAUGCUUGUGGUGAUGCAAUUGCCAAAGAAUGCAAAGACUGGCACCACCAAUGUUCUGUUUGGGCGUCUAGUGGUAGAUGCAAGACACAAUCAACUUUUAUGUUUGAUUUUUGCAAGCUUAGUUGUGAUGCAUGUGCAAGUCCAAGGAGGAACGGUGAUAACAACUGUGUAGAUGAAAACACAAGCUGUCACUACUGGUCCUUCAUAGGUGAAUGUGUUAAAAAUAAAAACUACAUGCUCUCAAUAUGUAAACACAGUUGUAAAGGAAUUAAUAUGUCGUUACCUCCUGUGCCACCACCAUUGCCGUUCCCGCCUCCGGUCCCCCCACCAUUGCCGUUCCCGCCACCGGUCCCACCACCAUUUCCGUUCCCUCCUCCGGUGCCUGUACCCCCACCAUUACCAUUACCGCCUCCAGUCACUGUUCCGCCACCGUUACUGUCACAGUUUAUUUUGAAUUUCUGGGCCGCUUCAGAAGCUGAAAUGAAAAAAAAACCACCAAAAAACAUUGAUUCAGAUUAUUUACACGUAGAGGUGAAUGGAAAUGGGUUGGAUACUUUAGGGAAGGAUUUUAGGAUACAGUUUUAUGAUGCAGAUGGUAAUUUUACUGACACUGGGUUUGUCGGAUAUGCAGACAAUUAUAAUUCACAUAAGAACAAAAGAGCAAGUCUUAGACCCGGAAAAGCAACUUCAACUGAUAGUUGCAAUCAUGUGCGAGGAGUUCCGACUGAAUUGAGAAGCUCGUCAGUUAUGAAGCCGCAUGGACUAGCAACAUUUUACCAGAAAUAUACAGAAGCAUAUGGCAUACCGAUUUUAUCAUCCUGGAAUGUAAAUGACGAUGCAUUGAAGAGAGCUUGUUAUAUAACACGGUUUCUUUUUGCUGAUAAUUAUGCCGUUCGGAACUCAUUUUAUCAGAGAUCUGGACGUUCAGCUGUCAUAGGAGUAAACGAAGGUACAACUAGUAUACCGGAACACAGUCAUAUGGAUCCUUCUUUCUGGGAUAAUAGAGCACGCGGACUUGGGGCUACUGACUCUGCACCAGUUUCUACAGGUGGUGAAGAAAAUUUGUUGUGUUUAAAAAAUGAUCGUUAUCAUAGUGAAGAUAUAUAUUUACAUGAAUUUUCUCAUGGAGUGGCAAAUCUUGGUGCUAGAUAUGGUAUUAGUGGUUGGUUUCAAAGAUUAGAAAAUCAGUAUAAAACAGCAAAGCAACAGGGUCUUUGGGCGCAUACGUAUUCUAUGACUAGUAGUGCUGAAUAUUUCGCUGAAGGUGCGCAAAGCUACUUCAAUGUAAAUGACUACAGUGCAACACCAAAUGGAAUUCAUGGUCCAAUAAGCACAAGAGACAAGCUACGCACAUAUGAUCCUGCACUGUAUCAGCUGAUUGAAGAAGUAUGGCCAUGUCAUAAUACUUACCUUAAAAGAUGUGUUACAAGCAGAGCCCAAGAACAGCAACAGAAUAUACGUACAAACUGUGACGGUUCUACUGGCGGAGGGGGCGGUGGAGCAAGUUGUAAUGACAAUCAUCCUAACUGUCAUAGUUGGGCAUCUAAUGGAGAAUGUUCAAGAAACCCAGGAUAUAUGCUUGUAAACUGCAAACACAGCUGUAAUACAUGCAGCGGACAAGGUAGCACCUCAUGUACAGACCACCAUAAGUUUUGUCAUGAUUGGGCUAGAAGUGGAGAAUGUAGUAGAAACCCAGCUUAUAUGAAUGAAAAUUGCAAAAGAAGCUGCAACCGUUGUUAA